UUGUGUAUUUAAAUAUAGUUCAGCAUUACAAAGAAAAAAUCUGAGUUCCUGGCGCUAUGCGACCUCGUGACCUUUGUGUGAGCACUGAGAUAGUAACAUUUUGACUUAACUUGGCGAAGAAGUGAAAGAGAUGGAUUGUUCCUUCUGCCACACGCUGUUGCGCGAGCACCGCACUCAAGGUCUGAAUUCACAGUUGUCUUACAUCGCUUAUCGCUUGAACAGCAUGAAAUAGCGAUAAAUUAUAUCAAUAACCUCUGGUUUCGUAUCAAAUAUAUUCCGCCUUGCCCACCCACAAAACUAAUCAAAACCACACCGUCACAUUUAAAGGAAAUUUUCUCUGAUUAGAACACGACUGAAUGGCUUGUUUCUCGCAUAGGAACAAUUCGCGCGACAAGCCCUCAAAAUCAAGAUAGAAACCUUACAAUCGCAAGGACCACAGAAAACCGCGGCUUUUUUUUCUCGCUGUCUCUAACGCAAGGGACGCUCAGCUCAUAACCUGUAAUGGCCGAUUAGUAACAAAUGGUGGACGGUGGGAAGUUAUCUCGGUUUGGAGGCAAAAAGGAAGUGAAAAACCAAAUAGAGGACACUGUCACUGAACCCAUUUCUCCUUCACGAUCGUGCACGUGGUCGCAAGUGAUCGCGAGAAUUGUUAAAAAAAAACAAAUUAAUUAUUACUUUUAAUCAUUUACACUGGGUCUCGGAGUAUUUUUUCGCGUGAUCAUUGAGUGUGUGAAUUAGUUCUUUACCCUUGUUUAUUGUUUACUUGCGGGGGAAGGGAUUCAAAAGACCACACCUAGUGAAAAAGGUUAUUUCUAAGGAUCUUCUUGCCGUAUUAAAAGUCAGUCAAACAUCGUUUCCAGGGUGCCGAACCUAAAUUGCGUUAACUGCUCAUAAGUGACCUAACUAUGUCCUCCCGGGUAUCCUGUACGUUAUAAGACAGUUUCUCAAGAGUUCAUUAAGUAAGGCUAAGCCACUGAUUAGGCCACAUACUCAUUCCUUCACGGACUAAAGAAACAUUCUCACGGCUAAAACGUGUUUUUCUUGGGGCUGAACAUGUUUUCCUAGUCUGUAACUGUAAUUUAACUCCUCUUCAACGCGUGGGAAAAGAUUACAGCCUUCUUACACCUUUCCAGUCUCUUUUCGUGCAGCUGGGAAAAAUCAAAACACAGACCACAACUCCAUUUUGCGGUGAAAACCAGGAACACAAGGUUGUCUCCGAAAACUCUUUUGACUGCGAGUCGAUCUCAGUGCCGAGGAUUUGCAGUAUCGCACCAAGCUCGGGAGAUUUGUAAGACAGAACGUGAACCUGAUCAAGCCCUCAAUUCGUGUAAGUUAAAAAACAACAUUUUUAGUGUGAUAACUGAUCAUGGUUCCGCUUGUGAAGUUUUCACUCUUGUACGUGGUUUGUAUGAUGUGCGCUCUGACGCCGUGCGAAGCCCGAUCUAAGAGGGCACGGCCUGUGAUCCGCAAAUCCUUGUUAAUUGUCGACCAAGAGGGAAUCGAGGUGAUCAAGCACGCGUCCGAGUUGACCAAGAAUGCCAUAACGAAGUCGCUGAAACCAAUGUUUAUGGACGACCACCAUUUCAUCAAGCGAGUGGCAAUGGUUGAAAAUUCGCUAAACAGAACCUCUAAGGAAGGCGGCCUUUGGAACGUCGACGAAUGUGCUUUCAAAGCUACACUCAACAGACGAAAGGAAAACAAAAAGUUAGCAGCGCUACACAAGACGGUACGCCGUACGUUUGGUGUCACUUGGUCCAAGAUAAAAUACAACGAUUUAAGGCGACCCCUGUACUCUGUGUUGGCCGCUAGGAUUAUCCUGGAAAUGACUGAACGCUCCAUUCCCCGUGGUCUGAGAAACCAGGCAAAAUUUUGGUUAGAGACAUACCACGGCUGUGCAGAAAAACUCGGCAAACCACAAGCAUGGGAAGAGAUGAAAAACAAAUUUAUCAGAGCUGUGAAAAAUUCUUGUGACAGUGAGUUUUUAAAGUGUGAACACGAGUGCUAUAAGCCGAAUAAGGGUAGAGCUGAAUGCCGGUGUAGAGACGGAUACACGUUGCAAAGUGAUGGGCAAUCUUGUGCAGCCGGAGCAUCUCGAUCCCCCAGUGGUACCAAGGCCCCAUCUCCAGAGCUGGAAACUGACAAUGGGUGUGGGACUGGGCUCAAGUGUGAACACAAGUGUAUAUCAUAUGAUGGUGUCUCUCAGUGCGUGUGUCGUGAUGGCUAUCAGCUGCAUAUGAAUGGCUACAGUUGUGUUGACAUCGAUGAAUGCCGGUAUUCACCGUGUUCACAGUUGUGCAGAAACACUCCUGGCUCAUUUUACUGUUCUUGUAGAUCAGGAUUUAAGCUUCAGUCAGACAAGAGCACAUGUAAAGAAGAGAAGAUCAAAUGCUCGUCGAAUGAUAUUGCUUGUAUCGAGAGAUGUAAGCAGAUUGGCAAUUGCUCCUGUCCACCAGGAUUUGCCAUGGGCCCGGAUGGCCAGACUUGUGUUGAGGUGGAUGAAUGCACACUGUUCAAAGGCGUUUGCCAUCAGAAUUGUAUCAACACGCCUAGAGGCUACCGCUGCACAUGUUCCGUGGGAUACGAGUUAAACGAUAAUGGCAUUUCCUGUACAGAUAUUGACGAGUGCGCGCGAGGUAUUCAUGGCUGCCAUCAUAAUUGCCGUAAUGUUGCAGGAUCUUACUUUUGUUCAUGUCAAAGAGGAUUUCGACUCAGUAAUGACCUCAAGACGUGUGUGGAUAUAAAUGAGUGCGCGUUGUAUCCUGGGAUAUGCCCUUAUCCCUCUCGAUGCCGAAAUACUAUUGGAGGACACACAUGUGACUGUCCCAAGGGAUUUGUCAGUCACAGACAAAAGAUUUGUGUUGACGAAAAUGAAUGCGCAAAAUCAAAUGGCGGCUGCAACCAAGAAUGCCAGAACUACCCUGGAAGUUACCGCUGCUCCUGUAGAUAUGGCUUCAUGCUACAGCCAGACAGGAAAACGUGCAAAGAUAUCGACGAAUGUUCAAAAUAUUCCUCCCUUUGCCAGCAUCGCUGUGUGAACACGCCAGGGAGUUACAAAUGUGUCUGUCCACCUGGUCAGCGGCAACAUCCGAACGGGUUCAUGUGUAUGCCGAUAUAACGAGUCGUCCCGGUUAUGUUCGCGACUUAACAGACCAGUCAUUCUAACAAUGGCACAUUGGACAUAUUUUGCUUAUUUUGCUUAGUAAUCGAAAAUCCAACAGAUACUGGUACAAUAUAAGCUUCCAGGCAGAGUCGUCUUUAAAUUCUCCUCGAAACGAAUACAAAGUUAACGAAUUACGUUUCUUUGCUAGGAAUAAGCCAUGUUCGUAUUCUCGGUAUUGGACUGGAACUAACCUGCAAGUGAGGCUAAUGCGGGGAGUCUUUUCA